AUGAAAGCAGCUGAGAGUAGGCAGAAGUCUUAUGUAGACAAGAGGAGAAAACCUUUGGAGUUUUUAGAGGGAGAGCAUGUGUUUUUGAAGGUGACUCCUACUAGAGGUGUGGGUAGGGCUAUCAAAGCUAAGAAGUUGAAUCCUAAGUUUAUUGGGUCGUAUCAGAUUCUCAAGAGGAUUGGAUCAGUGGCAUAUCAGAUUGCAUUACCUCCAUUCCUAUCUAAUUUACAUGAUGUGUUCCAUGUUUCACAACUAAGGAAGUAUAUUCAUGAUCCGAGUCAUGUUUUGGAAUCAGAGGUAGUGCAAGUUAAAGAUAAUUUAACUUUUGAGAAACAAUCAGUUUUAGUAGUGGAUAAGAAAGUUAAACAGUUAGGGGGUAAAUCUAUCAAUUUGGCGAAGGUUAUUUGGGAUGAGGUUACUAAUGAAGCUACUUAG